AUGCGGAGCCCUGCUAAGACCGAGUUGCGAACGCGAACUGGGUGCCGGAAGUGUCGAGAGCGGCGCGUCAAAUGCCCGGAAGAGCGUCCUGUGUGCCGCCAUUGUGAACGGCUAGGCUUCACUUGUCGUUAUGAAAUCAAGCUGAGCUGGCAGGACAUCGUCUUGUUUGAGAGUCACGAGAAUGUGCCACCAAGAUUACCACAGGAUCUCAUGGUUUCUAUCCAAAGCUGGAUGUUCCUCAACACUAUGCAAGCGGAUUAUAAUCCGGAUACCUUUCAAGUGAAUCACGACUACCAUCAAGAUCGUCUUCCAGCUGAGGACAUCGAGUAUCAGGUAGAGAAACCUGCGCCUUACCGGUAUAUCUCCCCCUUUCGUCUAGGGGAAGCCGAGGGCUAUCUCUGGAGCUACUUCAAUGAAUAUAUGACCACCCAAAUCGUUAUAGACCCCGGCUUCAACCCAUAUAGAGAUAUUGUGUUGAAGAUGGCAGCUUUCUCCAAAGAGGGACCUUUGUUCCAAUGCGUGCUAGCGGCAUCUGCGAAUCAACUUCAGAGUAUUGGGCGAAACGAAUACAGACAGGCCAUGUGGCUUCAUAGAGCUAAGGCAUUGCGUCUCCUAAGAGCAGAACUCGCCCAUCUUGCAUCAGGAGAAGCGUGUGGAGGAGUCAGCGGGACAUCCAAAGAUCAGAUCAUUGCCUCGACUAUUAUGUUGACAUUCUUUGAGAUUUCAAAGGAUUGCUCCAACUCGUGGACUGUACAUGCCGACUUUGCAAGGACUUUUCUGGCCUCCCGCCUGAAAGACCUGGGUGCUCUGACUGCGGAUCAAGAGGCACUCCUCUAUUUCGCAGUGACUUACUUCGUUUCGCACGAUAUCCUCGCUGCUACUGGAGGUACGCUCACGGAGGCCGCUGAAAUGGUCACUGAAAUGUGUAAAGCCGUCGAUAAAUCGACGAUUUUGGCCCUUACUGGAUGCCCGAGAGAUUUGCUCAUCUUAAUUUCAGAAAUAAAUCAGAUGAGCUCGGUAAUAGGGCAGUCAGGUCAAAGGAAACUUUCGCCUACGAUACAGCAACGUCGAGACAAAGUCGAAAGGCUUCUCCACCAACUGCACCAAAAUGUCCCUCAUGAAUCUGCAUCAUUAAAUUCGGAGUUUUCCGUCAUCGCCGAGGUCAAACGACUUGCAGCUAUCUUGUAUCUCUAUUCGCGCGUAGAUAAUGCCUCGCCUUAUGAACCGAAAAUGAUUCGAGUAACGUCUCAAAUUUUGUCGCUUAUUCCCAAAAUCUCCCUCCGGACCCACACGGGUCUUUGGCCCCUAUUUAUUGUAGCCACACUAGGCGUCCGGGAUUGCGACGAAGAUAGGAAACUUAUUCUGAGUCGACUCGCAGCUCUCCAAGAGACAAGACAAUUGGCAAGCGUUAAGAAAGCCAGGUUAAUCAUCGAGGAUGUGUGGAAAUCACGAGACCUUUGGCCUGAUAAAUCUCAAGGAUGGAGCAUAUUACAAGGGAGAAGACACGGUGCUAUCAGCUUAGCAUGA